GGUUUAACCUUGGAGUGACCCGUUACCUCUCCGGUCCUGGCUCUCCACCUGCUCUGCUGCCUGGGUUCCGGAACGCUCCGCCCUGGGGCCCAGAACGAGCCAAUCAGGAUGAAGAAGAGCCGCAGCGUGCUGUCUGUAACUGCAGAGGAGGGUGAGGACACUCACAAAUCAGUUGACGGAGGGGAAAAGUCCGAGUCACCGCGCUAUAGCCGUUCCUACACGUCCGGUGCCACGCUGGGGGCGGAGCUACGCAGGGGUAGGAGCAGGAGACUCUCAUCUAGUCUACAGGUUCCCUGCUGGCUGCGCCCUCGCGACCGCACACGCUCGCCCGAGGUCCUUGGCAACGUGUCUCGUCCCACAACGCUGCCCCUCCGCAUCCCGCCGCGCAUCUCCAUCACGCAAGCCGAUGCUGACAGUUAUGAAGCAGAAAAUGGCAUCUCUCCCGCUCAUACACCGCUGGGCUCGCAGAGUCCAGGACUCACUCUCAACACGUCCUUCCCCCAGAGCCAGAGGAGGGAGUCCUUCCUCUACCGCUCGGAUUCAGAUUAUGACAUGUCGCCCAAGACGGUCUCGCGAAACUCCUCACUCGCGAGUGAAGGACACACGGGGGAGGACUUCAUCGUUACUCCUUUUGCUCAGGUUCUGGCCAGUCUGCGAUCUGUGCGGAGCAAUUUUACCAUCCUUGCCAACGUCUCCACACCGACAGUCAAGAGGUCUCCGCUCGGUGGAGUAUGUGUGAGUCCCAGGGCCACGUUGUCGGACCAACAAUACCAGCAGCUCGCCCUGGACACCCUGGAAGAAUUAGACUGGUGUUUGGACCAGCUGGAAACUAUCCAGACGCACCGCUCAGUCAGUGAGAUGGCGUCCAACAAGUUCAAGAGGAUGCUGAACAGAGAGCUAUCCCACCUUUCCGAGAUGAGUCGCUCCGGUAACCAGGUGUCAGAGUACAUCUCCAGCACCUUCUUGGACAAGCAGAACGAAGUAGAGAUCCCUUCCCCAACUCUGAAAGACAAACCGAUGAGUCAAAUCAGCGGCGUGCGAAAACUGUCGCACAGCUCCAGCCUCUCCAGCACCUCAAUGCCUCGCUUCGGGGUCAACACUGACCAUGAGGACGAGCUCGCUAAGGAGUUGGAGGAUUUGAACAAGUGGAGCUUCAACAUAUUUCAAGUUGCCGAAUUCUCCAACAACAGACCACUCAGCUGCAUCAUGUACACAAUUUUCCAGGAGCGAGAGCUGUUGAAGACCUUCCGCAUUCCCGCUGACACCUUCGUCACUUACGUGAUGACACUGGAGGACCAUUACCAUGGCAACGUAGCGUACCACAACAGUCUCCACGCCGCCGAUGUCACCCAGUCCACACAUGUGCUCCUCUCCACUCCGGCCCUUGACGCUGUCUUCACUGACCUGGAGAUCCUUGCUGCCCUCUUUGCCGCAGCCAUCCAUGACGUUGAUCAUCCUGGAGUUUCAAAUCAGUUUCUCAUCAACACCAACUCUGAGCUGGCACUGAUGUACAAUGACGAGUCGGUCCUGGAGAACCACCACCUGGCUGUUGGGUUCAAGCUCCUGCACCAGGACAACUGUGACAUCUUCCAGAACCUCACCAAAAGGCAGCGGCAGAGCCUUCGCAAGCUCGUCAUCGAUAUCGUUUUGGCUACAGAUAUGUCCAAACAUAUGACCCUACUGGCAGACCUGAAAACCAUGGUGGAGACAAAGAAGGUGACCAGCUCUGGCGUGCUCUUACUGGAUCACUAUAAUGAGCGCAUUCAGGUCCUAAGGAACAUGGUGCACUGCGCUGACCUGAGCAACCCCACCAAGACCUUACCCUUGUACCGGCAGUGGACAGAGAGAAUCAUGGAGGAGUUCUUUCGCCAGGGCGACAAGGAGAGGGAGCGCGGCAUGGAGAUCAGUGCCAUGUGCGACAAACACACUGCCUCUGUGGAGAAGAGUCAGGUGGGGUUCAUCGACUACAUCGUGCACCCACUGUGGGAGACGUGGGCCGACCUGGUGCACCCCGACGCCCAAGAGCUUCUGGACACACUGGAGGAGAACCGCGAGUGGUACCUGACCACCAUGCCUCAGUCUCCGUCGCCUCCCCCGGACAGACACUUGCAGCACGACCGCUUCCAGUUUGAGAUCACGCUGGAGGACCUGGAACACAACAACCACAACCACGUUCACACGAGGAUCGGCGGCGGCCGUCAGAGAGCCCACUGCCUUGAAGGGCAAGCCGAGAGUGAGACGGAGGACGAGCGGAACCACAACAGGGAGCAGAACGGCGUGAGUGAUGAGGAUGAGGAAGCGGGUGAGAAGCAAGAGGAGGAGGAAGAGGAGGAAAACUUCACAGGGGAUCGUGCGGAAGACGAGACGGGUGACACUGAAAAGGAAGAGGAGGGAGAGGAUGAGGAGACCAAAGGAGGGGAGGAUGAAGAUAAUCUGGAUGAAGAUGGAGCCCAGGAGGAGAGAGAGGAAAAUGUGGACCCAGAGGAAACAAAUGAGGAUGCGGGAGUCGGGAAUGUGGAGGAGGAAGAUGGAGCGGAGGGAAAUGUUGACGAGGAGGUGGAUAGUGAAGCAGCGGGAAAUGAGAAAGAGGAGGAACAUGAGGGGGAUGUAGGAGAAGAGGAGGUGGAGGAAAAUGAUGUGGAAGAGGAUGGGAACGCUGAGGAGGAAGGAGAAACUGAGGAGAAAGAAGAGCAGGAAGACGUUGAAGAGGAGAAAGACGGGGAAGGAAACGAGGAAGAAGAGGAAAGUUAAUGGAGCAUACGAAGCAAACAGGGUCAGAAGAUGCAGAUGAAUGCAGACACGCAUUAGGCGAGAGCCAGCCUGCGCCGUCCACGUGGACACGAGCGAGCUGAGACGUCAGCAGCAGCGGAGUGGAUUCGUGGGCAGAACCUCUGCGGCAGGCUGCGGCACAGCAAGCCAUUUCUUACGGUCCUUUGAACAAAAGGGUCACAAAAUAACACAUCCACGCAAAUACGUUUGUGCCUAUUCUCCCGAGAUCACCGACUACACUUGACAUUGUCUUCUGCGUCGUCCACGACCAAGGUCCCACCGCUCCUGACUCGGCCUAUUAGGCGAAAAAAAAAAGUGCAGAGGAAGUCAAGUCUGUCGUCUUGUGUUCACACAUGUAAAGUGUGGCAGUACUGUACUGCCGAGAAGAAAAAACAAAAACAGUGUCAUCACGAAUGAUUUGCAGGCAAGUUAACAACACCGGGUAAUACUCACUUAGUAACACGCCCACAAGUGCAAACCAAGGUGACCCACGAGCGGAAAUGAGCAUCAGCUCGUCUUCCGUGAAGCAAUGGAUUGUGGGUCCGGGCUCAAGGGUGUGACGGUCUUCCACAAGUCAACGUCUUUUUUUUUGUAAAAAAGGUUUUGGGCACUUUAUCACCUCUGUUACAUAAAUGUACAUAACAAACAUGUAUUUUAAUCUUCUGAUGUCAUAAAAGAAAUGCGAUCAAUCGAGUUGAACUAUUUUUACCUUUUUGCCAGUGACUUAUAAAAGUCGAGUUAAGAAGCAAUUCCAAGUUCCAAGCAAUUGAAUUUUUGUUGUUGUAAAAUAAUCGCAUCUACAAUGUCAUUAAAUAUAAUUGUGUGGAACUGUUUGACAAGAACAAAAAAGAAUAUAUGUGAACAUUUUUGAUUAUGAGUGUUCAAGCAAGUAUGGGUACAGAUGAGAGGGGUCCUGGCUGGUCCAACAAUAAAAUAGCCCACUGAAGGAUGAAACAAAAGAGCCUCUACUAUUCGAAAUACAAAUGUUUAAAAAAAUAAA